AUGACUGGCCGUGCUACUUUCUGUCGCAGGUGUACAUCCGUCUGUACCCGUCCGGCGCCAUGUCGAGCGUGUGUGCGCCGCUGGCGGGUGGGCCAGACGGCGCUCUGGAGCGGUCCUUUCGGCGGCUACCGGCCGCGGCCGACCGACCGGCGACUGGUGCUGCUCGCCGCCGGCACCGGUGUGGCGCCGCUGGUCGGCCUGAUGGCGGAGGCGGUGGCGCGGCCGGCCGCGCCGCGGCUGACGCUGCUGCUGUCCGUCCGCCGGCUGCAGGAGGUGUUCCCGCGCCGCCGGCUGGCCCGCUGGGCGCGCUCCGGCCGCAUCACCUACGAGCUGUUCGUGACCGGGCCGGAGGAGGACGGCGAGCGGCCGUGGCCCGGCGAGACGGUCACCCGCCGGCGGAUCCAGCGGCGUGACGUGCUGGCCGCCGCCCGGCAGCCCGGCACCGGCACCAGAUACCUGGUCUGCGGCCCUCAGGGCCUGGUGGAGGCCGUCCGCAGCUACCUCCGGCAGGCCGGAGUCAGCCACCGCGACAUCGUCAUAUUUUGAUUUUUGAUAUGCUUCUUUUGUUGCACUUUUGUGCUGGAGUUAAACACUUUUUAUUUCGGGUUUAUGUACUUACUUGAACCUUUAGUAGAACAGCUGAGCGACCUUUGCUGCAAUAAUACCUUGCACAUUAGGGAAUGUGUAAAGACUGUUUCUUGGCGUCAUGAGAGUGUCAUGUCAGACAAUAUUCUAGCAGUCUAGCAUGUUUUGUUUCAGUCAAUAUCGGUGCAGCAUCUUUUGACUAUAAAACAGCCUCGGUAUUUGACUUUUAUCAGCAUUUUCGUAAUGUCCUUUUUGUUUAUGAUGCCGCUGUUGCAUAGGGCAACAAUUUAGGUAACAUAGUUAUCGGCUUGUGCCGGUGCCCGUGACCCGUAAUUUAUUCUGAAGUAGAUAUUCCGAUGUCACUAAUAUCAGUCUUUCAGUACCUAACUUUCCCAUAUGGGUACUUACAAUGAUGGGUAGAUGGGUACUUACAACACAUGCUGAGUAAAACAGAUAUCAUAUUUUUGAGACUGUGGUAGGUCGACUGUUAGCCCUGUUUUCGCCCUCAUUUACCGCUUCGCUCGUGCGUACUCGUUCUCGAUCAAUCAGUUCGUCACACGGAGGACCAAAUAAAGAUAUAGUUCAUCUACGCAUCAAAGUCUGUUUUGAUUUCUAGAUUGAUGCGCAAACGGUUAA